GUAACUCUCAUACGAGCCCAGUCAUUUUGUGUUGAUUAUUUGAAAAUAUUUAAAAGUUUAAUUAAAUUGAUUUUUAAGCAUAAUCAGCUCAUUAAUCAAUUCAAUUCAUAAACAUAAGCAGCAUUAAAUCAAGUUUAUCAUAAAUCUGAGUGCAUUUAAUUAAAUAUAAUGGCACAAUCAAAGUUUAAUGAUUUAGCUGGAAAAUUCCCCAAAGGCACACCACCUGGACUUGGUUUAGCCUUAAAACUAGCAGUAGGUGUUGGAGCUGCUGCCUAUGGAAUGUCUCAAUCAGUCUAUACUGUUGAGGGUGGUCAUCGUGCAAUCAUUUUUAGCAGAUUGACUGGAGUUCAACAAGACGUUCAUUCAGAAGGACUUCAUUUUCGCAUUCCGUGGUUCCAAUAUCCAAUUAUCUAUGACAUUCGUUCACGUCCAAGAAAGAUUUCAUCACCAACAGGAUCUAAAGAUUUGCAGAUGGUUAACAUUUCUCUUCGUGUCUUGUCUCGACCAAAUGCAAACAGCUUGCCAACUAUGUAUCGUCAAUUGGGCUUGGAUUAUGAUGAAAAAGUACUUCCAUCAAUCUGUAAUGAGGUCCUUAAGAGUGUCGUUGCUAAGUUCAAUGCCUCUCAAUUAAUCACACAACGUCAACAAGUCUCACUUCUCAUCCGGAAAGAGCUUGUAGAAAGAGCAGCUGAUUUCAACAUUAUCCUUGAUGAUGUCUCAUUGACUGAAUUGAGUUUUGGAAAGGAAUAUACAGCAGCUGUUGAAUCUAAGCAAGUUGCACAGCAAGAAGCCCAAAGAGCAGCUUUCUUCGUUGAAAGAGCCAAGCAAGAACGUCAACAAAAGAUUGUUCAAGCUGAGGGAGAAGCUGAAGCUGCCAUCAAAAUCGGUGAAGCUUGUAGCAUGAAUCCUGGUUAUCUUAAACUCAGAAAAAUCCGUGCUGCCCAAAGUAUCGCUCGUACUAUUGCCAACUCACAGAACAAAGUAUACCUUAAUGCAAACAAUUUGAUGUUGAACAUCCAGGAUUCCGCAUUUGAAGAGAAUUUAGACAAAGUUCAUUUAGAUAAGAUCAACAAAAGUGAGGUUUCAAAAAAACAGAUUAAUAGGGAAAUUAGCGACGUGAAUGUUGUAGAUAAAGCUGUUAAUGAAGUUAUGGGAAGUUAAAGUCAGUCGUCAUUUAAAUGUGUAAAGUUUAAAGUCCUCAAUGUAGCAUUAAACUCAAAUAUUAUGUACAA